GCCAAAAGUCCUGUCCCAACAUCCAUUCUCACCCUUCUGCAGACAUGGAGUCCGAGAUCUUGGGCUAGGAUGGGAAUCGGCUCUUCGUUCUCUCCGAACAUUCGAUCGAGUCCCCUUAAGUCCACGUUCUUUGAUCUUCCUCGUUCCCUUCGUUAUGAGUCCCAAGAGAUGCUAGCACGCAACCUCAGCUGGUCUCAAGAGCCACUAGAUAUGGGGCUUGCAAGCCUUUCCUUUUCAUGGCGGAGCCGCUCCAUCUUUUAGCUAGAUUGAUCGGCUCGGCAAGGAUUUCACCUCCAUCACACGAAUCAUUCAGCAAGCGCGGAGCCGCGGAGGCCAGCACGUUUCGACAACCACAGGCGCUUUCACUUCACUAGUUAUCUUGGAAGCAUUAAUUCCUGGCACCGUACUCCGUCAUGUUUUGCGCAUUGAGGAACACGGCUAUGAGCAUGUAUUGGACUCGACUGCUGCCGAUACCCGCCAAGCCAUGCAUCCACUUAGCUUGGUGCAUUGUCUAGAUCUGCUCAUGUCGACGGAGGAGCGCAAAGAAUCCGGGCUAGGAACAAGUGAAUUAAUUAUACGAUCAUUAAAUCAGCGGCCCGCUCGACGCACGACCCUAUUCAGAUAAUCCAAGCGAUGCUUGGAGAUGCGGAUAGUCAGAUAUUAGUCCAGAACUUUCAGGACGAACUCCAAUGCGUUUUAUCGAGCUGCCUCCUGCUCUCGCAGUUGUUGAGAUGAAACUAACUGCUUUGUUGCCUCGAAUGUAUGACUCGCGGCAAUGCAGAAUAUCAACAGACUUCACGCGCCUCGACUCGCUGGCUUCAAUCUAUACCAUUUAUGUCAGCCUUUUCCUUGCUUUAACUUAACUUAAGCUUUCUCUGCUGGUCGCUGAGACCCACCUGGCCUGUUUGACCACGCGAAUUAAAACUUGGUCUGAGCAGCUAGCUGGCUUCGGAGGUAAAGUUCUUGUGGUCUUCUGAUGCAUUCUCCCAUUCGUUGAGCGCAUUGCUUUCGUGCUUCGCAUUUGUUAUAUCCGAUCCUCUACCUCGCAGAAACACAAUGUCCGCGAAGACUGAACUUGUCUCGACUUGAUCGAGAAAUGUACUACCCACCGCCCGAGCAGCUGGCGAAGUUUCCUCCUCCGAACUAUGAACAUCCUCAAACCAGGGGCAAUGGAGUCGUUAUUGUAAACUCUGUCUUUCUCGGGAUCGCGACUGUCUUCAUUACUUUACGAGUUUAUAAAAGAUUAUUCGUAAGGACUUGGUAUGGAUGGGAUGAUGUCUUUAUCCUUGUUGGAUAUUUUCUAAUGCUCGCAUUGAACAUUUUGACAUACAUCGGAGUCCAUAGUUAUGGCUUCAAUAGACACAUUUGGGACAUACCGUUAACAAUGGCGUCAGGUUCUAUCAGACUGUCUUUUGUAGCAAAGAUUAUAAUUAUUCUAGAAUCUUUCUGCAUUGCCAUGUCGCUCCUGAUUUUUUACUAUCGACUUGUUGGAGGAGUCGGUUCACAUUGGUUUCGAAUGGCUCUGCACGCCACGGUAGCUUUCAACAUUGUUACGAAUCUAUUGUUCCUGCUUUUCGAAAUAUUUCUCUGCAAACCUAUCCAAUUUUACUGGGAGCUCACAGGACCAGUAGGGGCGUACUGCAAACCGGAGGGUCCAAUUGCCGUCACUUUCAGUGUCUUCAAGUGCCUCCUAGAUUUUGUCAUUACAACUCUACCUAUGCCCUUAGUCUUACGGACGCAGAUGAGACGACGUCAACGACUAAUAGUUGCUGGUCUCUUCGGUCUUGGAUACGUGGUAAGCGGGGCAGGUAUGGCGCGGAUAUAUUACAUGUACAAGAUAUUCCUUGGAGAUGCGGAUAUGAGUUGGUGGCAGUACCCAGUCUUUGUUACAUGCCAAAUCGAAGCCUGCCUAGCAAUUGUCUGCGCGUGCGCGCCGAUAAUCCGGCCGCUUUUUCCGCGUUGGCUUGAAGGGUCAAUUUCUCGCCUCAAGUACUGGGUCCCCAGUCGCGACCGCUCUGCAAAACACACUCCAAACGUGUCGAAUCACGCCACAGAACCAAAACGCUCAUUCAAAAUAUCGCCAGCGGGAACGCAGAUUCGGGUAUUUGGCCUCACACGGAGCACCAAAUCUCACGAGACUGAUGAUUUGGAACUCGUGAUACAAAGACACGCCGAACAUCAUGAAGAGGCCGCUCCGCAUAGCGACAACGGGUCUGGGUUUCAAAUUGGCUUUUCAGAACAGAUUUCGAAAGAAAAUAUUGACGUCAGGGCCCAAGCGCUGGAUCCAGCUCACAUGGAUACUUCGGAACGUGAUCAAACGCAGACCUGUCUCCAUUCCAAUCUGAGUGUCGAAGAACGAAGUCACCGGCAGACGUAGCUUUCGGGAUAAAGAAGAGACGACGAAAAAAGUGCUGAGCAUUUGUGGCGUAGGAGGUUCUACUGUGUGCUGCUUGAUACCCAUUUGUGCAAUAGCUAACGAAAAUAUGAUGAUGUUCC